AUGCUGGAGGGUCGGCACUCCCCAGACGUGGUAACUAAAUUCCGCCGCUAGCGAAGGAUGAAGGAGGAGAAUCUUUGCCAAGGCCGGAUGCCUAAUAUACGCCGACCCUUACCCGCUCCUUUGGACUUGGGCCACAUGGCGCACAGCCUCACCUGCAGCGAUCCGAGGGCCAACGAGGUAUCUCCUCAAACUGCUCCCCCCAAAUCAAGCAAAACAGUAGAGGACAAUGAAGACGAUGUGAUCACGCACAUCCUGGGGGACUUCGGGCCUUGGCAGCUGCGCUCCCUGCUCAUCCUGUUCCUCUGCAAGAUUCCCGCCGCCUGGUUCAUGGCCUGCAUCCUGUUCACAGCGCCGGAUCUGUACCCGGAGGAGGAGUACAAGUGUGAUACGAGGGCCUUCGGCCCGGCGGCUAACUCCACCGUCUCGCUGGACCACUGCUAUGUGGUGGUAAACUACGGAGAGUCCGGCUACGCGAUGCGCCAGUGUCGAAGGUUCCUCUACACCACGGGCUUCCACUCCCUGACCAUGGAGUUCGAUUUGGUGUGCCUCUGCGACUUCUUCGUGGCCUGGUCGCAGUACUGGCACCUCUUCGGCCUUCUAGUCGGUGGAGUGGCGGCCACCAAGUUGAUGCGCGUCCUGAGUCCCCGACAGAUUUAUGCAACUGGCAUCUGGUGCCUCCUCGUGUGCAGUCUGCUGAUGGGUCUAGUCAAGGACUUCAGUCUGCACUGCGGACUCCGAUGCUUGGCCGCGGUUUCAUGCUGCUUUAUGAUCACCUCCGGGCAUUAUAUAUUUAGUGACAUAACGGCGGGCAAAUACCGCGUUGGAGCCCUUCUGCUGUACGACUGCUUCUGGGCUCUGGGCUUGAUCCUGCUCCCUGGCCUGGCCUCCGGUGCGCCCAGCUGGCAGCACAUAUAUUUGGGUGUGACGCUCUCCUUGCUGGUGAUUGUCUUCCUGCUGCCCUGGACUCCGGACUCACCGCGCUGGCAGCUGCAGCACACCAAAGAGGCGCAACUGGCCAUCGAGCGAACGGUGGGAAUCCUGCUGGAGGCAGCCCGUACCAAUGGAAGAAUGCACAAGGUGUCCAAGCAGUUACCACAGGCGCUGGAGCUGCUGAGGGAAAAUCUGCUGGAGCCCAUGCCCGCAGCGCAUUGGAUGCACUUGUGGAUGGGGCAGCGCAGGAGUACUUUCCGCUUGGUGGCUGUGCACAUGGCACUGGCCACCUUCAUGGUGGUCAACACUGGGCUGCUGCUCCAUGUGCGGUCCUUUGGCAGGACGCACCUGGCGUCCAACACACUGGCCAUGGGCCUGGCCGAGAUGCUGGGCUGCUUCCUGGCUCUACACCUGACCUUCAACCAAGGUGAACGCAAGUGGCAGUGGGCCGGAGGAUUUGCCAUUGUGGUCGGCUGCAUCGGUAGCAUCUGUUGGUUCCUGGCCGCGGGCGAUAUGCCCGAGGUCUACGGACUCACGCUGGGACUCCUGAUGGCCUCGCUUCCCCAGGCGGCCGUGGCCUGCGCCCAGUCCAUGAUCAUGGCCUGCCUGGGCGAACUGGUGCCACUGGAGCAGCGUAGUUGCCUCUCCUUCUCCGCAGUCACGUGGGCGAGGGUGUGGCAGCUCUCCGCCUCUUUCCUCACGCUGCUCAGGCAGCUCAGCCCCGCCCUCUCCCUGUCCGCCUUCUGUCUCCUGGUCAUCCUGGGCGGCCUCGGCACAUGUUGCCUGGUCACGCGGGACAAGGAGCUGCAACCCGUGGGCGCUGCAGUAAACAAGAGGCAGCAGCUAAUAACGCAUACCUAAUAUAUGUUUGGGUGUUAUGAUAAGUUAGUUUAGUGUCUGUCAAGUAUUCGCAAGCAGUAUUCGAAUUUAGCUCAUUAAACAUUCGCUCUUCGCGAAUCGAACAUGU